GUGGUGAGAGCGCGCAUCAGGCUGUUUCCGUCACCGCGAGCUGACAUGACAUGACUUCUGACCUUCGCAAACACCAUCUGAUGUGAAUAAAUAAAUAAAUCAUUUUGGGACAUUUAAAAAAAUAAUAAUUGGAUAUGCGGUAGCGUCUUUCUUCUGGAUAGGAGGUAUUUCUUUUUGUAUAGACUUGUUUUCUUCUUGGCAGAAGGUUUGAGAGGUCUCUACUGUUUAAUGCCGAGAAUUUGCUUUAUUUUAAUAGCUUUAUUUCCCCCCUUUUAUUUAUUUCUUUGCUUAUUGACUAGACAGGGAACUUGUUGCAUGCCUUAUCGCAUAGGCUCAAGCAUUACAGCGCGCUGGAGAGACGGCUCACGCGUACUCGCUCACUAGUCCGGUACACAUCAAACGAUUCGCGCGUGAUUAAGGAAAUUGAAGUAAUUGCAGCCGGGCAUCUCGAAUAGCGCUUGCAAUCAAGGUCAGCACUUCUCCGAUCGUCGAUCAGUCAAGUUCGGAGGAACAAGUCCAGGCGCUGUUGUUGGAGGACUCAGGACUGACUAUAUAAACUCAAAAAAGAAAGAAAGAAAGAAAAAGAAAGAGAAAUUUGUUUUAUGUUUGCAAUCUGAGCUGGGAUGUCGGAGAGAGAUGCUGAUGGGGAGGAAGGCGCGGACUCGAUCCCGGGCUCGGGGUGCGCAUGGCGGGGCGCGCGAAGGAGCGGAGUGCUGCUGCCUGCCUCUGACUCCGACACGCCGCUGCUGGAGAGCGUAAAAGCGGCGGCAGCACCACGCAGGAGCAGCAUCAUCAAGGACCCAUCAAUCACCAAAGUAGGUGGUGGGCGCAAAAAAACGGUCUCCUUCAGCAGCAUGCCAUCAGAAAAGAAAGUGAGCAGCGCGGCUGACUGUUUGGCAUUCAUGCAGGGUGGCUGUGAGCUGAAAAAAGUGCGUCCCAACUCCCGUAUUUAUUGUCGUUUCUAUACCCUGGACCCUGAACAAGCCUGUCUGCGUUGGGAGCCUUCGAAAAAAGAUGCGGACCGUGCCAGACUGGACAUUUCCUCUAUCCGGGAGGUUCGCACAGGCAAAAGCACUGAAACGUUUCUCCACAAUGGCCCAUCAGACCACCUGGCUGAAGAGGCUGCUUUCUCUAUAAUUCAUGGAGAUGAAUAUCAGUCCCUUGACCUGGUGGCACUGUCACCCGACGUAGCAAACAUCUGGGUGACUGGCCUGCGGUAUUUGGUGUCCCAUCCUGGAGCCUUGGCUGGUGGAGUUGGAGGAGAUGGAGGAGUGGGAGAGGGAAGCGUGGGAAGCAAGUUGAGAAGGGAUUGGCUCGCAGCAGAGUUGGCACUGGGAGAUGAGGACGGCCAUGGGAUUGUGUCAGAGAACAUAGCUGUGGCUACUAUCUGCAGGCUGUGCCCUGGAAUUAAAGAAGCAAAGGUGCGUCUGCGCUUUAAAGAGAUCCAACGUAGCAAAGAGAAGCUGACAUCUCAUGUGACACUUGAAGAAUUUCAGGAGGCUUACUGUGAGCUGUGCACUCGGCCUGAUGUUUACUUUCUCUUAGUGCAGCUAUCAAAAGACAGAGAGUGUCUAGAUGUACAGGACCUACGCCUUUUCUUGGAGACUGAGCAGGGGCUGCCACUGGCCACCACCGAAGGCUGCCUAGAGCUCCUGCGGCGCUUUGAACCCUCUGCAGUUUGCCGUGAAAAAGGCCUCCUGGGCCUGGAUGGCUUCACUCAAUACCUUCAGUCACCCGAGUGCCAGCUGUUUGACCCUGAGCAACAGUAUGUAUGUCAUGACAUGACCUUACCGUUGUGCCACUAUUACAUCAGCACAUCCUACCGCUCCUACCUGCUAGAUGAUCAGGUCCAUGGCAAGGCUGAUUUGUUAGGGCUGACACGAGCCUUACGAUCUGGGUGUCGAUGUUUAGAGCUUGGCGUGACAGAUGGACCUGAUGGGGAACCUCUUUUGGGGGUCGAUCAUGAGUCAGAUACCAAGCACCAUCAUCAUCACCAUCACCAACAUCAUGGCCUAGCCACACUGCACAGUGCACUGGAAGCCAUAAACAAACAUGCCUUUCUUACCUCUCAAUACCCGCUGCUCCUAUAUUUGUGUCAGCGAUGUUCCCCUACUCAGCAGCAAACUCUAGCACAGCACCUAAAGAAGGUGUUUGGAGCAAAACUGUACAGACCUGAAAAUGUGCCUAUUACUCCCGUGGGGCGCACUACCACACUUCCCUCUCCUGAGCAACUAAAGGGGAAGAUACUUCUGGUAGGCAAAAAGCUGCCUCCAGAAGAGGAGGGCUCUGAGGGAGAAGUAUCUGAGGAGGAUGAGGAGAUUGGUGGUGGAGGUCCCCUUGCUGGUCGUCGGUUGACCAUUCCUGGGGAGGAGGACUUAGGGGUUGUGCUGGUGGUUCCCCCUCCGCCUCAGCCAAGGCGACUGCGAAUGCGGCGAGAGCUUUCUGAUCUGAUUGCAGUUACACGCACCGGUAGCCGUAGCUUCUAUGCCCACCGUACCAACACUCAGCAGUCUCAACAAGCCUCUCCUCCAUCCACUCCUUCUACACCCAGCACCCCAGGUCUCCCAGACUGCCCUUAUUGGACCAUGUGCUCUUUAGGAGAAGGUGAAGCAGGACGGCUAGCAAGCGAGAGCCCAGAAGAGCUGGUAAGCUUCACUAAGCGCUGUCUUACUCGAGUUCGACCAAGCUCAGUCCGGCUGGAUUCCAGCAACCCCAACCCGCAAGGCUACUGGAAAGGCGGUGUGCAGCUGGUAGCACUCAACCAGCAGACACCAGGUGCCAUGCUGGAUCUAAGCCGAGGCCGCUUUGCACAGAAUGGAGGCUGUGGAUAUGUUCUGAGGCCAGCUGUCAUGCGAGAUGAGGUCUCCUAUUUCAGUGCCCAGUCACAGGGUUGUGUGCCUGGUGUACCACCACAGACUCUCAGGGUGAAGGUUAUCAGUGCUCACAGUCUGCCCAAACCACAGGGUUCAGGUGCCAAGGGUGAAGUCAUCGAUCCCUAUGUGGUGCUAGAACUGCAUGGCGUACCAGCAGACUGUGCUGAGCAGAGAACUCGCACCGCAGCCCAGAACCAGGAUAACCCUCUGUUUGAUGAGACGUUUGAGUUUCAGGUAAACAUGCCAGAAUUGGCACUGCUGCGGUUCGUCGUUCUGGAUGACGACUACAUCGGUGAUGACUUUAUCGGCCAGUACACCAUCGCUUUCGAAUGCCUACAGCCUGGCUACAGGAAUGUGCCAUUGCUGGGGCUAGCGGGAGAGCCUUUACCGCACGCCAGCCUGUUUGUACAUGUGGCUAUCACAAACCGUCGUGGUGGAGGAAAGGCUCAUAGACGAGGUCUAUCUGUGAAGCGAGGAGUGCGUCGAGGAAGGGAAUACGUCACUCUUCGCAACACGGCCAUCAAAGUGUUAGAUGACACGUUUCGCUCUGCUGGCCCUCCCCUCAGAGAGGCCACUGACCUGCGAGAGAACUCACUGAGUGCUGUGGUGGCAUUCAAAGAGCAAUGUGGGCUCCCCCCAGUGUCCACACUGAAACAGUGCAUGCAGAGUCUGGCCACAAGGCUGCAGGGCCCUGACGGACCCCCAGGAGCCAGCCUGAUCCUGAAGGACGGUUAUCCCUGCCUGGAGCCACUCGCAAACCUGAACGACACCACACGCAAGCUGCUUAAUGCCUACGACACGAUGAUAUCAGCUAAUAAACAGCUAAUAGAGAAUGCAGAUGCUGUGCAGGAGAGGAUCGCUCAGGUGCAGAAGGAGGGCAUGGUGUUUCAUGAGGAUUUGGCCAAACUGGGGGAGAAGGAGAACCUGAAGGAGCGAAAGCUGAGCAAAGCUGUGGAGAGCUUCACCUGGAACAUCACUGUACUAAAGGGUCAGUGUGAUCUGCUGCGCAGUGCUAAAAUGGAUGCCCUGGAUGCUCUGCGCCAGCUGGUGUUGGCUUGCGAAGCCUCCGGGCUGACCUUGACCUCUGAACUCCAGUACACACCGCACAGCCUAACCUCCAGAAGGGGCAGCAGCCAUGGCAAUGGUCGCAUCUGAGUCCUCCCGUGCUGAGAACGCGUUGCUGAAUCUUCGGAGAAUGCGCAUAUGGCUUUAUGGUGCAAUAAAUAAGAGAUGAAAGCCUCUUAUACGAGAAGAGACCUUCUAUUAAAGAGUGUAGCCAGGUUUAGAGAUUCAGCCAUGGGAACAUAUAAGUGUGAUAGAACUGAGGGACAACGUGAACACGUAACGGCAGGUUCUUGUUUGUGAUGAACACAAGUAUUUGACUCUAUUGACAUACUGUACAUUCUUUACAUCUCCACAUGCAGAAGGGUAAGGGAUUUUUUCCUUGUAAAGAGUGAAUGAACAUGAGUUGCAGUGUGUAUUGCUCAUUUACAGUAAUUGAGCUCUCUGAUCAAACCCUUUAAAGAGUGAACAACUCUACUCACAACAUGAUAUGGGUAUUUUAUGUACAACCUAGCCAACCUCUACUGUAUAAUAACCACAGUUAGUGGUUUAGGAGAAAGAAGGAAUAAGAACUACUCGUUCAUGGUGAAAGUUGGAAAGAUGUGCUAUAGUCUCACAUACAAGUCAUCUGUAGAAAGUCUUAAAAACUCAAGACUCCUUAAGAUCUUUGAGGUCUUGCGGUUGUCUUUACAAAAAUAAGACAUUACUAAUUCCUCAGUGAAUACACCCUUGCAUAACAAAAUCCCCAGUGUUGAUUUAACACAUUCAGAGUCCAAUUGGAUGUACUGUAUAUGAACACUGUAGGGUGAAUUCAAGUCUGGGUGUUAAUUCAACACUGGGGAUUUUGCUUCGUGAAGACGACUUGAGGACAAACCAAUUGGUUCUGAAGACAUCUGCCAUAUUUUUGAGUUUUAACAAGUCCUAGGUUUUAUUGUCCUGAAGACGUCCAGCAGUCUUAUCUAUGUGCGCUGGGGAGCAUUGACCAACCUCAUGGCUAAAGUUAUGGCUUACACUGUUUAACACUUAUUAACAGUGUUAAUAAUACAGAUACAGAGAAAAUAAGCUUUCUUAAGUAUUUUCUCAACUGCUUUAAAAGCAGCACUAAAGGCAGACUUUCAGUUUUCAUGCUAUAAUUGGCAUUAACAUAGAAAUAUAGAAAUGCCAAUCUGUGACUUUUGACUGUGUAUGCAUAUUGUUCUUUUUUGUAUUGAUGAGAAGUAGAUGAUGUAUAAAAGUAGUCAGUGUUCUUGUGAAUACAUCAAUAUCUGUAGCUAGGUACGUAAAUCUGUAUGUGUGUUAAUUAUUAGGGAUAAAAAUGUCAUGAAUGUAAAGAAUGUUUUUGAUGGAUGGUUCCAGUUGAAAGGAUUAAGAAUGGUUGAGAAUUCCCAUUUCAUGUUUCCUGUUUUUAUCUGACUGAAAAGAGCCACUUUGGAUUGAUCAUCCAGAGAACUAGCAGGCAUCUUAAUAUAGUCUUAACAUCUUAACUUAAACAUCUUAACAUCUUUCUUAGCUUGAAUGUGUGCAUUUCUAAUCAUUCCCUUCUGCCUCUACAAAUCUUUAAGUCUUAUCCUUUUUUUCUCCUAAAAUAUCAACAGCAGUCCACAUUCAAAAGUUUUUCCUUGGUUUCCCCUCUAAUUUUCCCUCACCUGUCCCUUUCUAAAAGCAAAAGAUCUUUUUUACAAUAGUGUCACCGAGAGGAUUGUCUAGAGGUAAAGUCGUGUGGCUUUGCUCGUGCAUCCAUGUGUGCAUUAUGUUACACAAAUGUAUUUAGUGCUUCUUAAUUAGCAGUUAGUUCUAAUCCACACGAACACAGGUGUUUUUAAAAAAACAAGGAUUUUUUUCUUGUGUUUUAACUUUUCGUCCACAUGCAAAAAUCAAUUUUAGAUCACUGAAAACUUUGAAUGGGAAAUACCAGGGACUACCCGAUAUCAUCACGAUACCUAGGUACUGAUUUGAUUGUGUGAGUAUAAAUAUCUCGGUUCUAUAUUUAUUAAUUUUUCAGAUUUUGUUGCAAUUCUAAACGAACUCCUACCACACAGGAGGCUGUGCUGUGAAUAGAGUAGUUUAGAGUGCACCACCUGCAGGAUUAUAGAGGAACAGCGGAGUCAGUGUGACGAUACAUGAAUUUCCACACAAAGGAAUCGCGAUGUAUAACAUAACAAUUUUUUUUCCCCAUCUCAACUGAAAACUUACCUUUUUCGAAAAUUCAAUCCAUGGUGAAGAUACUCUGAAACUGUUUUGCUGUUUGGAUUGUAUGUCCUGUAUUUAACAUCAGUUCUCAGUUGACAUACUCUUCUAUGUUUAUUUCAGGCUCCUGAUUGGACAGCAUGGCUUUAGUUAGGAUUUUUCCUGCUACCUGUUGGUUUGGCAUGUUAGACUGUAUGUUUUAAAAUGUUGAACAAUAUUAAUACAAGACUAGGGAUUUUUGUCUGUAAAGACGACGGUUUUAAUAAAUUGGUUCUGAAGAGUUGCCAUUUUUAGGGCUUUAACAAGUCCUGAAGGCGUUCCCAACAAGUCUCCAGCAGUCUUAUUUAUCCGUUGACCAACCCCAUGGAUAAUGUUAUGACUUACAUUAGUCCUACAUUUUUAAUAACGAAGAAGGAAACAAUGUUUUUUUUUUUAAUACCCGUGUAUGUGUGGACUAGGCCUAACCUGUUGAUGAGAUUUUCAGCAAAUCUAAUCACUCAAACAUGCACAUCCACUUCCUAGGGCAGAAGACUAAGACAUUCCUUAAUGACCUGUAUGCUUGAUCCAACAAUGGACUGAGAACGUAUCUCAGUAGGAUCCUCUUACUUGGAGCUGGGCUAAAUAAUGAAUGCCAGUGUUAGCUUUGGGUUUCGACUUUUUCUCUUUCUAUCUUUUUCUUUCUGAAUUGUUAUCUCUGGGACCCACAGUGUAGGAUUGCAGUAGGUUAGUUCCACAGAGCGAUGUUCAUGUCCAUGAGUUUAAACAACUACUACAUAGACAGCUUUGCUAUUUGGAAUGAAACAAUACCAUCCAGUGAAGGACUUGUAAGCAGUGUGCGAGUAAACAGAGUCUAUCGGCAUACCUAUAGCUUUUUAUCUCUAGCUUGUGGUCUAUUUACAUGUAGAUGAAAUUGUACUGUAUGAGUCUGGACUAGCCAGAUAAGCCCUGCGGUAUUAAGUAGCCUGAAGGUGAACACUUCAGAUGGUGCUUUGGUAUUGCAUUGUUUAUUUACCUGAAUGACCUCUCUGAACCUGCAACUGUAGUCCAGUUUGUCUUAAAGUGCUUUCCUGUGUGACUGCUGUCCUCUGCGCUUUGCUCUGCUUCUGUUGCGCCUGCCUUUUCCUCUGACCUUUAAAAACAACCCUGCUUUUGCUAGACUUCCUUCCCGAGUUGUCAUUGUAUAAACAGAGUAUUUAUUAAAAGUGAUAAGGGUGUUUUAAAGAAAAUUAACUUUAAAGUGAUUUUGCUUUUAUUUUGAAAAGCCAUUUUGUAUUCUUAAAGAUUAACAUAUGGUAAUAUAAUUCAGAUGUGGCACAGACUAAAUAAAUCUUUU